AUGCUGCUGGCAGCCAAGUGAGCACUCUCUCUCCCUCGCACCAACCAAGGCACGCCCCGCUUUUCGCCCUCAUUGCGUCUUGUCUUGAUUGUGGUGCAGCUAUGCGGCACUGCGUGCGUGCGAAAAGGCAAUAGGCAAGUGGCGACACUAUGCUGGUACGGAGGAGGAGACAGGAGCGGAACAACAGCCCAUAUGGUCGCUGUGUGCGUGGGGGGGGUGGAUGGACGGACGGACGGACGGACGAAUGCAAUGCAGAGCAGCAGUGGCGUUGGCAUCAGAUCGAUCGCAUGACCUCCUCUUUCUCCCACGAGCGGGCACUAGAUCGCUCCAUGGCGAGGUGGAAGGCCUACUGCUCCGGGCGGAGGCGACACGCCGCUGGCUGUGGGCUCGCCAACAGCCACUAUAGGUGCGCUGCCAUGCCUGUCAUGGGUCAUCGUCGCGUGUCUGCAUUGCAUGUGUGUGGGGUUGUCGUUGGUGUGUGCUGUGCAGCAACAGACUGAUGAAGCGUGCGUUUCGAAGCCUUGUCCGCUACACGAGUAAGUGCACACUGCACCUGUCCGUCCAGCAAUCGAAUGAUUUGCCGUGUCAUAUGGACACCCAGGGGUGCGGCGGAUCAAGAACAGGCGGAACGCAUUCGCCUUCUCCCGCUGGAAGGUAUGCCGGCAGGCAGGCAGACCCGCAGACAGGAAGACUGACAAACCACAAGUCCAUUGCUCGAUGACUCCAGUGUGUUCUUCCCUCUGCGCCCCUUCAGCGGUGUCUGUUGUCGCGGACGGUGGCCUCGUGGCACGCCGCGGCCCUGCUAUCGGUAGCCAAAGUGAGAGUCAUGGCCGACACACUCACAGGUAGACCACCAAACACACAAACAAACAAACAGCACGGGCAUCUCCGUGAUCGUGAUACGAUGCCUUGUUUCCUUCUUUGGGAUCAGCUGUGUAUUGGCACUGCGUGGAGUCGGCCUUCGAUCGGCUGGCACUGGCCAGACCCAAGCCACCCCCACCCCCACUCCAUGAGCAUGUCGGGAAGCCCCCGCUGCCCCCCAUGAGGCUGCCACUGCACCUGGUCAACAGGUCAUCCCGCCCCCAGGAGAUGAGUGCCCGUGGACUGGAUGAGGAGCGGCCGAGGAGAUGGGAGUCGCAGCUGAGGGGGCGGGGCAGUGCCGUGACGACCCCACGCGAGAGGGGAUGCUCCACCUUGCCAGCUGAACCAAGGUGAGCAGACAUGAAAUCCAAUGAUCGAGUGGUGCAUUGUGGGUGCUCGGUUUGUCCCUUGUUCCGUUGCCGCUUGCAGAGGUCUGUCAUGGCGCAGGCUGGCGAAGGACGCCAGGGACUCGUCUCGGUCGAUACCGACCCCCCGCUGCAACCCGCCGUCUCCCAAAUCUCCCACUCCAUCUGCCCCUCCCCCCCUCUCGUAUCGGCCACCCUCAUCCCGCCCCCCAGCACACAGGAGAAGACCGCCCCUGCCCCCACCACCCCCAGCCCGGCCACACGAGCCUCCCCACAUAGCGCCGUCGACCGAGACGUUGCGGCGGCUGAAUGAGUUUCUCAAGGGCGUUCACAGGAAAUGUGAAGAGAUCAUUGAUCAAGGUGGAGGUGAUGUGGCGGCGAAUGAGGAGAGGUCGGCGUAUGCAUCGUUUGUGCGUGAGCUGCGAGUGAGGAAGGGGAGGGCACAGAUGAGGAAGCAAGGGAGGGUGGGCGGCGGGCGGAGGAUGCCGUGAGCGAGUGGUGACUGACUGGUGUCUGAGGGGUCUGCCUUGCCUGUUGUGUUGUGGUGUGGUGUGAGUUGUGUGGGGUGAAUGUGUAUGUGCAUACAGACAGGCGCAUGCCAGGAGUUGGCUGGCAUGGUUCGUAUAUACAAUUCUGGGAGAACUGGGAGAAAAGAAUAGGAAGGAUGGGUUGGUUGCACACGGGAGGGGAGCGGCCCACCCAAACCUGGCCGCAAACGCGCAAAUGUCAAAAGUUUCC